GGACACCGGGCAUAGAGGGCGGCGGUGGUGGGGCAGCUGCGGCAGAAUGUUGGCUACCAGGGUAGUUAGCCUAGUUGGCAAGCGAGCAAUUUCCACCUUGGUGUCUGUACGAGCACACGGAAAUGUUGUGAAGAGCGAUGACUAUGCGCUCCCAGCUUAUGUGGAUCGACGUGACUAUCCCGUACCCGAUGUGGCCCAUGUCAAGCACCUGUCUGCCAGACAGAAAGCCUUGAAGAAGAAGGAGAAGGCCUCCUGGAGCAACCGCUCCACGGAUGGGAAAGUCGAGUUGUAUCACAUUCAGUUCAAGGAGAGCUUUGCUGAGAUGAACAGGGGCGUGAACGAGUGGAAGAUGGUUGUGGGCGCUGCCAUGUUCUUCCUUGGCUUCACGGCGUUCAUUAUCAUCUGGGAGAAGCGCUGUGUGUACGGCCCCAUCCCGCACACCUUUGACAAAGAGUGGGUGCCCAUGCAGACCAAGAGGAUGCUGGACAAGGUGAACCCCUGCAGGGCUUCGCCAGCCAAGUGGGACUAUGACAAGAACGAGUGGAAGAAGUGA